AAUUUUCAUACCGAUUUUUAGACGAAAAGCGAUUUGGACUUAGGAGCUCCAUGUGAUUGGAUUUUGUUGUCAAUUUUUCGCAAUUUUUCAUUUAAAUUGCCAUUUUUGUAGCGGAAAUUGACUGAAAUCUUUUGACUAAUCACUUUUUAAUUGAUAUUCGCUUUAAUGAUGUUGCGCUGUCUUGGGCGUCUGGGUAGCCGAGGCGUUCCAAAAAUCGUCAGAUGGACUUCGUCGUCGUCAACAGACAACCCCGCACUGAACCCUUUCCCUGAAAAUCCGUUUAACAAGGCGGAAGAAGAAGCUCUGCAGAAAGUGAUAAGCAGCCGAGCAAAGGACUUGCCCUCUAGUGAAAUGAAAAACCCAUUCGAGAAGGAAAAGGUCAAGUGCAUUUUGUGCCAGUUGGACAUCAACCCGAGCUACAAGAACCUGCGUCUGCUGUCCCAAUUCGUCUCGUCCUUCACAGGGAAACCGUACGGCAGACACAUCACGGGCCUGUGCAAGGGCAAGCAGGAAUUGGUCGAAAAGGAAAUUAUGAAGGCCAGAAAUCUGGGUAUGAUGCCGUACAUGCUGAAGAACGCCAAGUUCUUAAAAGACCCACCCUUGUAUGACCCUGAAAAGCCGCUGAGGCCGCAUAAUUAUUGAAAAGGUCAAAAACUAAUUGUGUGAAUAUUUAGAUGGUAGAAAGAAUAAAUUUAAUCAAUUUAACAUUACAAAAAAGUUACAUGUUUGUUUUCAUCUAGAAAAAUGAGAAUUUCAAUUUGGCCUAGGACGGUAGUAAUAGAAAAAUUAAAAUAUAAUCCUCUCCACCUUGAAAAAUUUUUAUUUAGGUCGUGAUAUUGAAGAUUGAGAUUUAAUUUCAGGAAAAUGGUCCCCUAUAAUCCAUUUUUUAUGAAAUUUACAAUUUUUAGCAGAACAUACAUGAUAUACUUUUUAAAUGCAAAUUUUUCCCACGAAAGGUCAGCUUUUCACCUCAGUUUCCUUGUUCAAUUUGAUUGGCUUUGACUUUCCCUCCUUUAAUUGUAGCAUUUAAGAAUAAAACUUAAGUUUUUCUGUUUAAAUUGACCAUAAUAUUGAACACUAAAUUUAUUUAUUUAUUCUCCAUUCAAUACAGUCAUGUCAU